AUGAGUGAGAAUGGUCCUCAUACUGAGGCGACGAUGUACUUUGAGGUAGAGGUGGAACACCUGGGGCGGGAUGAUGAAGAUGAAGACGAAGACAAGAUCCACUUUGACAAAGAUGAUAACCUGCUCGGCGAGUCUUCGUCGUCAUCUGGUCGGGUGUACGACCGCACCACAGUACUCAUUGAGCGGGACCCUAUCCGGCUAGAUGAGGAAGGUGAAGAGGAGGGUCACUGUGGAGGGGAGGAGGAAGGGGUCACCUUCCUCACUGAAGGGGAAGCAGAUGAGGAGGAUGGCUCUAUGGUUUUUAUGUCGGACCCUGUUGGGAUGUCACAGGGUUAUGUGCACCACACUAUUUCUCCAGACCAGAUCCAGUUCACGAUAAAUCCAGGCUCCACUCGUAUGCCGCGCAACAUCGAGGGGGCCACCCUCACGCUGCACUCAGAGUGCCCCGAGACCAAGAUGAGAGAGGUGAAGCGCUACCAGUGCAUGUUCGAAGGCUGCACCAGGACGUACAGCACGGCGGGAAACCUGCGAACGCACCAGAAGACGCACCGGGGCGAGUACACAUUUGUGUGUAAUCAGCUGGGCUGUGGGAAGGCCUUCCUCACCUCCUACAGCCUCAAGAUCCAUGUCCGCGUUCACACCAAGGAGAAGCCGUUUGAGUGUGAUGUGCAUGGCUGUGAGAAGGCCUUCAACACGUUAUACAGACUGAAAGCACACCAGAGACUUCACACAGGCAAGACAUUCAACUGUGAAUCAGACGGAUGCUCCAAGUACUUCACCACACUGAGCGACCUGAGGAAGCACAUUCGCACACACACUGGGGAGAAACCGUUCCGGUGUGACCACGAUGGCUGUGGUAAAGCCUUUGCUGCGAGUCAUCACCUAAAAACACAUGUACGGACACACACAGGGGAGAAGCCUUUCAACUGCACCAGUGACGGCUGUGAGAAGGCGUUCAGCAGCCAGUACAGCCUGAAGAGUCACGUGCGGGGCCACGACAAAGGACAGCCUUUCACCGUCACCCUCACACAUCCGCUCUCUGAAGAUGCAAAUCACUCGCUGUGCCUCAGUGACCUGAGUCUCAUCUCGACAGACUCAGACCUCCGGGAGAACAUCCAUAAUGCUCAUUUGGACCUGAACAAUGUGACUCCUGUGAAAAUAUUUGAGCUCAUGUUCCAGAGUCCUGAAAAUAGUGUCAGCCAAGAUGAUGCCCAUCAGCACGAGAGCCUUAUUGAGUCAUUCAGCCUGGAGAUGACGACCCCGCGGGGAGGGAUUGACGGCUCGUCUCUUAUCUCUUUCUCUCUCCAUCCCACCUGCUCAUCUUCCUGUUCACACUCGACUGCUGUCCUGGAGGCUCCUGCACGGCUCAUCCACAGUUCCUCCUCUCAGGCCUCCCCCCCCGCCCCCGCCCCCGCCCCUUCCACCGUCAGCUCCACACCUUUCGUUCAAGUGACCGGGCCUCAGCAGACCCCUGAUGUACCUGCCGAGGCACCUGCCAAAGCACCAAACAAUGCCCCCUCCCAGCACUUUGUGGCAAUGCCACCCACAUUCCUGCAGUCGGAUAACGCCAUCACGCCUGCUCCUCCACCACCAGCCGUCUCCACAUCCCCUCCUGUGGCUCCAUCGCUGGGCCCCGCAGCACCACCAGGCCCUGUGUCUGUGGCUGUUGCAGCUCCACCAACAGACACUGCUGCUGUGACAGUGGCUCAACCUUUGCCUUUGGCCAACAACCCUGUCUCCAUCCCCGUCCCAAACCCUGGCUCGGGAUUGGCUCCCACCCCUGCCACCAUCACCAUAGGCUCCACCUCCAACCUACUGCAGCCCAGCCUGGUCAUGUCUGACCAAAACCUGCAGUGGAUCCUCAGCACUGCUGCCAACAACCAGCAGAACCCCGACCAAGCACAUCCAGGAGGUGCAAAAGUAGAAAAGGUUUUCUUCACAACAGCCAUACCAGUGGGAGGAAGUGCGGGCAGCUCGGUCCAGCAGAUCGGCCUCAGUCUGCCCGUCAUCAUCAUCAAACAGGAGGAGUCCUGCCAGUGCCAGUGUGCCUGCAGGGACGCAGCGAAAGAAAGGACUUCAAAGAGUGCCUCCUCCAUUGUUUCAACCCCAGCACAGCCGCAACCCCCCUCCUCCUCCCCCCCCCCUCCCCCGCCUUCACAACCCCCAGAGCCUCCGCAACACCCACCCUCCUCUAUUACUUCUACUCCAAGCACCGAGUCUUCCUCAAAGGUGGGUGAGGUGAUACCGGAGGCCCCCUCUUCUGCUUCCUCCUCCUCCUCCAGAGCUCAGACUUUUUCCUCGAUAGUAAGCAGCACGGCCACGAACCCUCCGUUGUCUGAAGGGUUAGCCAACAUGGACGUGUCGGACUUCCUCUCCCUGCAGAGUCCGGAGACGGAGGACACCAUCGAGGCUCUGCUGCUGCAAGCUCAUGACUUCAGCAUGACCACUGAUGGCAAUCCUUAGAAGAGCUGCACCUGGCACCAUGUGUUCCCCGCUGCACCUGGCACCAUGUGUUCCCCGCUGCACCUGGCACCAUGUGUUCCCCGCUGCACCUGGCACCAUGUGUUCCCCGCUGCACCCACUCAUCAACAGGCAGCCAAUCCACCCACUUCUCGAGUGCUUCUCCACAGCGAUGCCACUUCUUUCUCCCUAUAUAGUGUGUGUGUGUGUGUGUGUGUGUGUGUGGAACCCCUCCCCUGUACCUGCAGUGCAUUCGGUUCUGUGUGGCAUUUUGCAACAUAUACAUGAACUAUAAGUGAUUUUGUUUCUGUUGAGUCUCUUUGUAGUCGUUAAAAACAGGAUUAGUUUGCUUAUUGAGAUUUAGCAACGUUAAUGCUAAUGAUUGCAGGGAAAGGCAGUAGAUCCUCUUGUUAUGAACAUAAUCAAAGUGUACAUGAUAACCCUCGAUAUUCACUCUGAAUCAAUCGAAACAAAUGAGUGUUGUCCAAGCACUGAUGACUUCAUAUUUCCAUGUUCCUGGCUUGAAGGUCAGACACCUGAGCAGGAAAACAAAGCGUGUCUGUAUAUCCUUGUACUGUACUACAGGUCCUAACGAAUGCUUCUAGCUGGUAUGCAACGGACCAGAAUGCACUGUAUAUUAGAGGAAUUUAAUUUGAAUAGGCAAUGCUCCCAGUAGGACUUUGACGGGGUUGGCCACACACCCCUCAUACUCAAUAUGAAGUAAUUCCUCAGUGUUUUUGUUUCCUAGGAAGACUAGUGUAGUCCAGAAAAUGUGAUUAUUCCUUCUUUUUUUUUUACUUCUUUUGACAGUUAUUUACCAAUUGAGAAAAGAACCUGGGAUCCAAUCUGCCUGUUUUUUAAGUGAAAUUAAUACUUCAUAAGUUGCCUAUAACUUAAACUAAUUUAAAAUUGUACAUGUUAAUUUAUUUAAAUACUUGAUUCUUUCAUUAUACUGGCAAUUAUCUUCAAGAUAGCAGAGAGAAAUCUAAUAAUUUAUUCCAAUCACUUGUUGUACUUUUGUGUUGAGCUGUUUUUGUGUUACUGAUUUGAUGUUUUCCUACUUCUCUUUUUGUUGAGAACGUAAUGGGUAUUGCUUAAAAGCAAGCUAGAGAAAAUAGGCCUCUACAGUAGACUGCACAGUAAAAGAAAUGACUCUCGAGGAUCCUCUUGUUUGCAAAGAUUGUCCACAUGAAACAGUAAGGAACUACUGUCAACAUCCCAUAUGUUAUAGGGUUGUGACCCUCUCAGGGAUGCAUCAAGUCAUUAGUGAUCCUGGUUCCCUUCAUUUGUUCCUCAAACGCUCUCUCACCAGACGCCCCUCGCUCGCCCUUCGUUUGGCUGCACUCUUCCCUGCUAAUGCACACUUGUAAAGUGAGUGAUCUGACAGCUUGUUGGCUGAGGUGCAGAACCACUACAGACUUUUGUACACAACUGCUGUAAAGUAGCAUUCAAAAAAAGAUGGUGUCCUGGCGACAGUGUAAAUACAGUACAUUUUAGUGUAAACAUCUUUGAGAAACUUGUAGAUUAUUCUAGAAUUUGUAUUUUUGUAUAGACUUUUGAAUUACUUACUCUCAGAGUUUGGAGCUUACCCUCUAUCCUAUCCUUGCAUUCACACAGUCACAUUUAUGCAGAUUAGUUGUUGCUGUGUUUAGUUGAAUCAAGCAUCUGGGCUUUAUGUACAGUCCCCCAUAUUAACAAAAUAUAUAUGCUCAGAGUAUAAUUCAACAGUAUUGUUUCACACGGGACACAAUGCAAUGAUAGAACGUAGGCAUUAAGCCCUGUAUACUAGAGUGUGGAGCUACUCGGCCUUACAAACUGUCCUGUGAGCCUCCUUGCCUUCACAGUCUCUGCUUCAGACAGACCUGCCAUUGAAACGCCGACACACUCACCUUCAUUGAGUCUCAGGCAAUCACACAGCAGCAGAUCACAAUGAGGCAAACGCAUCCAGACAGAAAAAGCUUUUUGUUUGACUAGAAACAGCCGUCUGUUGGGAAAGUCAUCACUGGAUAUGCAGCGUAACGAGUGAAGAUAUAUUGGAUCCGGGUUGUAGGAUCAAAUGUGCAUGUCACAUCAUUUGUCUUGCCUUUUUUUUUUCUUUGUUUUCCUGCCAAACUUUUGAACAGUGAAGCUUUCCUUCGAUACAAAUGUGCCAAGAAGGCAGUAAGAAAUGUUGUGAAAGGCUGCAGUUACUCAUUUUGUGCUCUAAACCAUUCCAUGUAUGCAGUAUUAGAGAUCAGGAGUUUGCACUUGGAUUACAAAAUCGUUUACUCACCAUUUCCCUGUUGAAGCACUCGGCAAAAUGGCUGCCAGUUUAUCCCAUCAAUACAUAUGAUCACAAAUGCAUACAGUCAAAGAACACAACUAUGCAAGUUUACAUGUGGCAUCCAGUUCAAAUAAAGAUUAUUUAUUCCCCCCCCCCACCCACCCCCUAUUUAAUGAUAUCCUGCCACAACCUUAUAGGCAGAACAAUGUUUAUUGAACUCCAGUCAAUUGCAUUUCAUAUUUGGAGUUGUGUUUAAGGUACUGAUCCCAUGAAUGUUGCAACACAGCGAUCCUUUGACAUGCUGUUCGAACCAACUGGACUUGUUUGAAGGAGUAUUUACUGAAUGAAUCAUUAAAUUCUGUUUUAAGAAUUAUUUUUGGUCAAAUGUAUGCAGCUUCUUUUUCUGUUCUUACUCUUACACUUUACGCGUAAACAUGUUUUAUUUGGGCUCACGCCAUUAAUGUAAUCAUCUCAGCUUUUUACUUCAUAAUUAUUUGUUGCCUCAUCACAAAUAAAAGUUCAACAGCUGCCCUUAUUUGUUUAAUCAAUAAGCAGAUACAUUAUAAAUGACAUGUGGCCCAGGGGUUUUUCUGUUUAAGUUGACCUUAACAAGAGAAAUCACUGGAGGAGACAUUUGUUUGGAAGCAACUUGUUAAGUGUUUUUGGAAAUAGACUUCAAGAUUUCCUUACAUUUCUCCAUUUGGGCAAAAUAAAGAAAAAACCAUACGCUUCGAAAUAAAUGUCUUGACACCCAAAGAGCGAUGAAUUGUUAAGGAUUUGUAUUUUUUUUAAAGAGAAUGUAUAAUGUGAAAAUGUUUGCUUGUUUCGUACAAAGUAAUAUUAUAAAUACAUUUCUGGACUGAGA